CAAAAUUUGCGCGACGCUAAAUCUGCCCCGGUCAGACGGUCGCCUUCGGUGUCGGAGGGACACCAGGAUUUUUUAUUUUUUAGCAUUCUCUAUUAAUUCAUCCAAUGGCUUUACGGAUUGUCCGGCUGUUUGUGCCCACGGGCGCGGCGGCGUUUAAAACCGUCUCACUCUCACAAACGGCCGGGAUUCACACGUGUCCAGUGAGAAGUCUGCGAUACGGAUGGUGGACCUACGCUCUCGGUGAGAGGACCACGCCCAGGCUGAAGGAGAACAGCAAGAUUUUCUGUAUAGACGGCAACCUCGCAUCUGGGAAAGGGGCACUGGCGCAGAAACUGGCUGACCGUCUGGGGAUGUUGUACAUGCCUGAGCCUGAUGUGAAUUACAUGGACAAAAUGACUAACGAGAAAGUCCCUCUGGAUUCAACCUACAACGGCAAAUGCAGCCUGGAGAAGUUCUACUUGGAUCCCAAAGCUGGCGACGGAAACUCGUACCGUCUGCAGUCCUGGAUGUACCUGAUGAGGCUGCUGCAGUACUCGAACGCCGUCGAGCAUCUACUCAGCACAGGCCAGGGAGUCAUCCUUGAACGUUCUCCUUUCAGUGACGUGGUGUUUUUGGAGGCCAUGUUCAAUCAAGGCUACAUCAGGAAGCAGUGUGUGGAUCAUUACAACGAGAUUAAAGACAUCAGCAUCUGUGAGUUUUGGGCCCCGCACCUUGUCAUCUACAUAGACAAUCCUGCUGAGGAGGUACAGAAGAAGCUCAAGGCAUCUGGAAAGCCCUAUCUCCAAAACGUGCCCCUCUCCUACCUUAAGAGUAUCGAGACAGCGUACAAGAAGACCUUCCUGCCCAAGAUCAGCGAGGAGGCUGAAGUUCUUGCUUACGAUGCAACACAAGCACAGGAUAUCGAGAAGAUUGCAGAGGAUAUCGACUACCUGAAGUUUGAUAAAGGCCCAUGGUUGGAGCAGGAUGACAUCACGUUCCAUCACAUGAGAAUCCUUGUGGAAGAUAAACAGCGGGUGGCCAGCAUGACCUGCAUCCCCAGAUACAUCCCCGAGGUCACCAUCGGCGCUCACGAGUUUGACAAAACCUACUUCUCAUACAGAUCGCUUCCAGGGAAGCAGUACGCAGAGGGUUACAACGAAGACGCAGGAGACAAAGGCAUCUGGCUGAAGUGAAACAUUAUCUAAAGGGAAAGCCACGUAGAGGACUCUUCCGUCUCUCGGCUCUCUCGUUCGUCCACGUCUCGGAGGAGAGAUAAGUUCGAUCAGACGACGUAUUCUGCUGUUUUCCGACAGCUGUUCUGUAAAUUGUUAUUGAAUAAAUGCUAUAUGUUGAAAUCA